AGAACUGUGAGGUGAGGAGCGACUGAGGAAGAGUUGCAAAGCAAUGAUGUCAUAGUUUUAAGUGUGAGCCUUGGGAGAGCAUAUGGUUCGUACCCGCUGCCGAGCGGCAGUGUUGCUUUGUUAUGAACAGGCGGCGCUGUAGCUGGCGGAAGAGGAGGUCGCCCAGCCCAGUAUCUCUUCGCCUGGAACACAGAAACCAAGGGGGAGACGAGAAAACGGGAGAAGAAAAGACGCUGUUGGCUUGAGGAAAAAGAGAAAGCAACGAUAAUGGCCGCUAAAUCGGAUGGGGUAUUGAAAAUGAAAAAGAGCGAUGUAGCAUUCACGCCUUUGCAGAAUUCGGACCACUCCGGCUCAGUACAAGGACUCGUUACAGGAUCGCAGCCGGAUUCGGGAACUGGGGAUGGGGACUUCGUGAAUGGGGAAUCGCGGUGCUGUGGUUCUAAUUCCACUUGUCUUCGCCUUGGCAGACAGCAGCAAACAAAAUACACGAUAUGGGACUGUCUAUGGAUCCUCGCCGCAGUGGCGGUGUAUUUCGCCGAUGUAGGCACCGACAUUUGGCUUUCUGUCGACUAUUACCUCCGCCGCGACUAUUGGUGGUUCGGACUCACGCUAUUUUUUGUGGUGCUAGGGUCGUUCUCCGUCCAAGUCUUUAGUUUCCGAUGGUUCAUCCACGAUUUCAGCACCGAGGACAACACCAGUGCGUCCGGUGCGGCAAACUGUUCAUCCCACAUGGACGGGAAGCUGCUGAGCGGUUCUGCUUCACAUGGAGACGUAGGUGCCCACCCGUCCACACCUCAAAGACAGGCAUCCACCGCCAGCAAGAGCAACACCACAAACAACAGUAAUAGCAGCACAGCAACCCGGACUAAUAAGAAAAGGUCGGCAUCCUGUUCUGUCUUCAUCUGGUCCGCCCAAUCCGUCAUUCACAUAUUGCAGCUUGGACAGAUUUGGAGGUACUUCCAUGCUAUCUACUUGGGCAUCCGGAGCCGUCGUAGUGGGGAACAUGACCGCUGGAGGUUCUACUGGAGGAUGGUUUAUGAGUUCGCGGAUGUCAGCAUGCUGCACCUACUGGCCACCUUCCUGGAGAGUGCCCCCCAGCUGGUAUUACAGCUCUGCAUCAUCAUCCAGACGCACAAGCUGCAGGCUGUCCAAGGAAUGACAGCAGCUGCCUCCCUGGUGUCUCUUGCUUGGGCCCUGGCGUCCUAUCAGAAAGCCCUGCGAGACUCCCGGGAUGACAAGAAGCCAAUCAGCUACCUGGCCGUCAUCAUCCAGUUCUGCUGGCACUUCUUCACCAUCGCCGCCCGGGUCAUCACCUUCGCCCUAUUCGCCUCCGUGUUCCAGCUCUACUUCGGCAUCUUCAUCGUCCUCCACUGGUGCAUCAUGACCUUCUGGAUAGUCCACUGCGAGACUGAGUUCUGCAUCACCAAGUGGGAGGAGAUCGUCUUCGACAUGGUGGUGGGCAUCAUCUACAUAUUCAGCUGGUUCAACGUGAAAGAGGGUCGCACCCGGUGUCGUCUUUUCAUCUACUAUUUCGUGAUCUUGCUGGAGAACACGGCCCUCGGCGCCUUGUGGUACCUCUACCGCGUCCCUCAGAGCACCGACGCCUUCGCCGUCCCCGCCCUCUGCGUCAUCUUCAGCAGCUUCCUCACCGGCGUCGUCUUCAUGCUCAUGUACUACACCUUCUUUCACCCCAACGGGCCCCGCUUUGGACGCUCGCCCAGCCUGGUCCUGGACGACCCCACCGCCGCCUUCACGCUGCCGUCCGAAGGGGCCACCAACUCGCUGAGGUCCAACCGCGGCGUGCCCCUCAUCUCCGGGGACGGCACCAUCGGCAGGGACGCCAAAUACAUGGAGAGGGACGGCUGCAUGCCCGUGUUUCAGGUGAGGCCCACUGCCCCGUCCACGCCGUCGUCCCGCGCCCCGCGCAUCGAGGAGACGGUCAUCAAAAUAGACCUGUGCCGGAACCGCUACCCGGCCUGGGAGAGACACGUACUGGACAGAAGUAUACGCAAGGCCAUCCUGGCCAUCCACUGCUCUCCGGCGCCCCCAAGGCUCCAGUACAAAGACGAUACAACCGUGCAGGAGCGCCUGGAGUACGAGACCACGUUGUAGCCCUGCGUUGCUGCCCGGGUGUUGGAUCCAUGGGAAUGCAAAACCGUAACAAAGGAGGACCAUCAACUUUGAUUUACAGCAGGACUGUGGCAAUAAUGUGCUAUUAGCUCCCUCUAUAUAUACUGUAUACAUACUAGCAUUGAACCAUGAUGUUGAUUGUCAUGGGCAAAAAUAUAGGCACAACUUAUUAGUUGAUAUGAAAGAGGUAUAUAUUCAUGUUUUUGAAACAGAGUUCCUCUUUUGGGGUCUACCUGGUCGAUGUCGUCGUCAUUAUUGUUGUUGUUUUGUAACUUCCGUCCAUCAGGGAAUCUCUUGUUUGAUAAAAGGCCAUUGCACACACACAAAGAAUAUGAAUCCUUAUAGUCUCCCAUAAAUUACACAAUGCCCCUUUCAUAACAGGUGCUUAUGAAGGUUCAUAACAGAUCACUAUGUAGGUUGUCUGAGCUCUGCCACUCAGGUGGAACCAGGCAGGGGAACUCUACAUAUGCUUUUCAUGUGACCAAAGUAAUCAAUGACUGGGGUUCCUAAUAUAUACCUAAAAUAUUUUCAAUAUAUAUUGUCAUCUCUACUACCCUUAUCAUAGACCUGCAAAAAACAUAGGCUAUACAUUUAAAAAUACAAUUAGCAUCCCCUGAUAUAGAUAUAGAGUGGUCAUAUUAACAAAACCAACAAAAAAAGACUUAAAGUCAGCAAAGGGCCCUGAUUCGUAUUAGGGUGGUUUGUGUUAUUUCUAAUUCAAAGAUGACAAGUCACAAACUGGUAGACGCGUGGUCUGUGAUGUAAUUAGACAAGUUGUUUGUUAUACUGUACACGUGUAACGGUUCCAUGACUUGAUGUCAUCAGCCAUGUCGUCCUAGUGCCAAAGGGGUCUGAAACAACUGGAUUAGGUGGAACAAGUCUACCGGUGGCUGUGACUACCAGACUGGACUGUAGUAGAUUCAGGCAUGGCUGAACUGCUAUUUACUUGAAUACAACAAAACAGGAGUACUGUACCUGGUUGUCAUGCUGUUUAUAUGCUACAUAAAUCCGGAACGUUUGUGGUCUGUGAAGAGCCUGAAGGACAAACCUAAUCUUUUUUUCUCCCCUCGCCUGGAUAAAAGGCGACAGGCCAAGAAUACCUUCCUGGCAGCUCUCAUUUACAGUCCAGCCUCGUGGAGCUCUGGUCUGGGCUUCCCUGCAUCCUUAUGACAGAUAAGGAUCAGUCUACUAGCUCAUCCACACAGACCUGUUCUGUAUGGGGAGGAGAGGAAAGAAGAGGACAAAGACAAGAGCCACUUCAGCCAAACCACUCACGUAAAACCUGCAGGAUGUACUGUGCUGUCAGAUUAAAGACGCGGCGUUAUUUGUGUGUCUGUAGUGUAGUGCGAUUGUGUGUGCAAGCGUGCGUUUGUCUCUGUGUGUGUGUGUGUAUGAGACAGAGAGAGAACAUGGCACAGGAGGGCAUGUGUAGAUGCUAUAAUCAGUGGUCCUUUUUUCUGCAGCUGUACAGUACGUAGUGUAAGGAACGGGAGAAGUGUGCUUUAACACUACGGUGCUAACUGCUGCUGUAGCCAACACAUGGUCAGUACCACACUAAGGAAUUCUGGGGCAUAUAUCAUGGAUAACUCCCAAACAUCAAUGGUGUUCCAGUGAUCUUUUGAGCUGGUAAAAAAAAGUGACUCUGGAUGGGACAUCUAACAAAUAACAUUGUAUCUUGAGAUCUUUAAAAGGUGUCGGCACAAGAAGUAAAGUUUGUAGCUUCUUUUUCAGUUCUAGGUCACAAGUGUUUUUAUUUUAAUGUCUAGUUUGUUUGAAGCAAAAAGGGUGACAAGGAGAAAAAAAAAAAAAAA